CUGGACUAACGGAAAAUGCUGAGUUGUCAAUAUUUUAUCAAUAAUCAUAUAGGGUGGAAUUAACUGAAAACAAAAUAAUAAUUAAUUUUUUAUUAUUCUCUCUCCUCUUUCUCUUCUUUCCUCUUCCGCCACAAAAAACGAAUCCCUCUUCUCAAUUCCAGAUCCGCUCUUCCCCACGGUGGCGGUUGUCAUCGCCGGUUUCGACUCCCGUUCCCGGAUCCGAACAUCAUCAGAGCAUUGGCGGUUGAAAACCCAACUCCGAUGAUCCCGCCGCUUCCGACCCUUCCUCUACCGCCUCCGAUGAUCCCGCCGCUUCCGAGCCCUCCUCCUCUUGAACCCCCUGUUCUUUUCUUCCCCUGCCUCCGUCGCGUCCCGCCGCCAUCCAGAUAUUCUCCCCUGCCUACCCACGCCACCGUGCUGAGCCUGCACUCUGGCUCCGUCGGAUUACCACCGGCGUCUUCCCAUUUGCAGCCCCACCAGAUGGUUUCCAGUGAUCUCUCCGACUCCAAAUCCAUCCUGCUCGAGCCCCUUCAAUGGCUACAACUACUAUCCUCCAACCUCAACCCAACAUUCAUCCUCGGGAUCUUCGUUGUCUACGACCUCAUCCAGGGCUUUUGGGCCUCCUCAUCGACGUCUUCCCCGUCGGCAAGUACAGGCGGCAGCCGUACUUUGUGGCGGCCAGGGUACUGGUGGUCAAGCUCCUCUCCACUUCCCAAGCCUGCGACGACGACCCCUUCUCCCACCACCACCGCCUCUCCCACGUUUCCCUCAGCGACAACCACUCCUCCUCCGAUGCGGGCACGGGAAUCGCUCUCCCGCGGCGGGAGAUCGAGGAGAUGCCGGAGAAGCAGGGGACGGAGAUGAGAUCCAUGCUGCUUUGGCUUUGACCUGAAGGAUGCUGUUGCGGUGGGGAAGGGAGGGGAUGGAUGAGGGAAGGUAUAGCGACGGUGGGGAGAUGAGAUCGAGAGAGGCGGCGGAGGUGGGGAUAGGGUUUGGGGAUGGGGAUUGGGGACCGAAAGGGUAAUUUGAGAGUUCUGGUAAAUAAAGUGCUUUUUUUUAAAUUAAUGAAAACGUUAGCAUAUU